AUGGAUUUGAAAAAUGAAGAAGUUUUCAAUAGAUUCGCCAGUAAAAACCUUCUCAAAUCAACGGUUGAGAUGGCUCUCAGACAAGUGGGAAUACAGGAUGAUGAACCUGAUUGUUGUCUUGAUUUCUGGGUUCGCGUUGGAUUGAAGAUGGACAUUCAUAGCUAUACUCAACCUUCAAGUGAUAGUGGUAGCGAUUCAAGUGGUGUUAGGAGAAGAUUAGCAAGGAUUGAAAUCCCAGUAAAAGAAUAUGGGAUUAUGAAUCAAUGUUAUUGUGGAGCACGAGCAAUAAUCGAUACUUGUCGAUCCACAAUGGACCCGGGAAGGAGGUUUUUCACGUGCCCAAAUGUAGGAGAUGGAGAAUGCCAUAUUUAG